AUGCGGGAAUUCUUCUGGUUGAGCAGUGGCCAUAUUUCACCAUCUCCUCAAGAGUACCAUAUUAUAGGUCUCAACCUGUUGAGACUCCUUUUGCAGAAUGGAAUAGCUGAGUUCCAUACCGAACUUGAAUUGCUUUCAUAUGCCACCCUAGAGAAUCCUUUUAUCAAGCAUGCUGCUGAGUUGGAGCAAUCUUUCAUGGAAGGGGCCUAUAAUUGUGUUUUGAGUGCUAGGCAGACGGUGCCUCAUGAGACUUAUGUUUAUUUUAUGGACCUUCUGGCCAAGACAAUCAGGAACAUCCUGAGUGGGAGAUUAAGAGUGGGUUUGCGUAUUUCCAGAAGGCAAAUGAAUCUGCACCUUUGAAGGAAAUUCCAUCCGUGCAGCUUACCAUUCAGA